UAUUUAAUUUCUACUGCAUGUUCUAAUAUUCUUACUCACUUGAUUCUCUCUCAGCUACAUUGCAUUGAAUUUAUUGUUGCUACUAACUGGUACCUUGUGGAGUCUCACCUCUGGGUCUGGCUCCCCACUUCCGCCGUCAAUUCCACCGCAGCAAGCACUGCCAAGUAGAGUGCCGCCCUAAAACCUGAUUAAAAAACCUACUCAUUUCCUAUCUUUUUUCUAUUUUUCUUUCUUCUGGAAAUACGGUCACUCGCAGCUUGCAUUGUGUGACGGAACAACUGCUAGUCCCUUGCCAGGGCAUCCCUGCAGCCGACAGACAAUUCGAGGAAAGAAAGUCACAGGAGAUUAACUUGAUCUCGAUUAGAGAAAACAAAAUGCAGAUCCAAAACCAGAACCAUCGCAAUUCUUUGAUCCUAAUUGAUGAUGAACCAAUGGGUAAUAUCCGAACCGAGCAAGGAAGGAUAUCGGUCAAGAAGAAGCUCCUCCAUCGAGCUGAGACUACACAUGGCCGAAUACCAGGGAUAAAGAAGAUUCCGCUACCAGCAAUUGGAAUAAUCGGGUUGAUUGCCCUGAUUAAUUUGUUUGUGUGGGCUGUUUGUGGUAUCGUAUUGCAUUUUUACCCUUCAUUGAUAUCUACCGCUGCAAUUUCAUAUUCAUUAGGUCUGCGGCACGCCUUAGAUGCGGACCACAUAUCUGCCAUUGAUUUGAUGACUAGACGACUCCUAGCUACAGGCCAGUCACCAGUCACCGUUGGAACCUUUUUCUCGCUAGGACAUUCUACAAUCGUCAUUAUUACCUCCCUUGUGGUUGCUGCCACUGCCGCUGCGGUGUCAAGUCGAUUUGGCAGCUUCAGUAAAAUAGGCGGCAUUAUCGGCACAUCAGUUAGCGCUUCAUUCCUCAUUCUCCUCGGAAUCAUGAACAUGUACAUUUUGUACAAACUCAUCCAGCAAAUGCGCAAAUUGCUCAAUCUUAAUGAAGGAGAAACGUCAGAUGUAUGGAAAAUCGAAGGGGGCGGUAUCUUGUUCUCGGUACUCAAGAAGAUGUUCAAACUUAUUGAUAGACCAUGGAAAAUGUAUCCACUUGGGGUUUUGUUUGGAUUAGGGUUUGAUACAUCUUCCGAGAUUGCCUUAUUGGGCAUUUCCUCUAUCCAAGCUGCUCGUGGCACUGAUAUCUGGGUGAUAUUAAUCUUCCCUAUUCUCUUCACCGCCGGAAUGUGUCUUAUCGACACAGCCGACGGCGCUCUAAUGCUAUCACUUUACAUUCAACCAGCAACCAACUUUCUACCCCCCAAACCAGACACUCAACCUGCCGUCAUUGAAACCCUCCACGAGUCCGACGCAGUUGUUGAACAAAACGACCAAAACUCCCAAAACCCUCGCGACCCCAUCGCCUUCCUCUAUUUCUCCAUCGUUCUAACCUCCCUUACAGUCAUAGUCGCAAUCGUGAUCGGUGUAAUACAAAUCCUCACUCUUGUCCUAAAUGUUGCCGAUGUUUCGGGUCCGUUUUGGGAUGGCGUUGAAACUGCGGGUGACUAUUAUGAUGUUAUCGGAGGUGGUAUUUGUGGCUGCUUUGUGGUUUUCGGGACGUUGAGUGUCGUGUGCUAUAAGCCCUGGAGGAGAUGGGUUGGGCGACGUAGAAAGGGACGGGUAGGUGAUGAGGAAGGUUUCCGAGAUGAUGCUUUGAAUUCGGAGGAUAAUGGGGAUGUGAUUGCUGAGGUGAUUAUAGAGGGUGAUUCUGUAGGUCGCACGCACGCUGCUCCGCGUGUUGAGAUGGGGAAAGGUGGAAGUUCCGUUGCUUCUACUCGUCUGCAUGACGAGGUUAACUGAAUGGCUCACUUGCAUAUUAUUCGAAGGAUGACAAGCGUAAUUCGAGACAGCGAUGAUAUUUUACUAUAUAGAGUAGUUUUUAGAGGCGGACUACAUACAUCAGUGAUAAAUUUUUGGAAG